UAUUAUGCACUCUUCACUACGAACUCUCUAGCUCUUCUUAACAGAAACACACAACAAAGUUAAGUUACAAAAGAGUAACAAGAGAUGGCAAGUAGGUAUUUAGCAGUGUUUCUUGUUGCUCUAACGGUGGUUCAAUCCGUCACCGCCGCAAGACCGACCCCGGCCAAGAAUGUCGGAGCUGGUCUUGACGACCAAAAGAAUUUUGUUGCGUUUGCUGGAGUCGGUGGAGCUGCUGGAGCAGGCCUUGGUGGUGUAGCCGGUGGAGUAGGUGGCGUCGCUGGAGUUCUACCUGUAGGUGGAGUAGGCGGAGGGAUUGGUGGUCUCGGCGGUGGUGUAGGUGGUCUAGGCGGUGGUGUAGGUGGUCUAGGCGGUGGUGUAGGUGGUCUAGGCGGUGGUGUAGGUGGUCUAGGCGGUGGUUCAGGUCUCGGUGGUGGAAUAGGAGGAAUUGGUGGUGGUUCAGAUCUUGGUGGUGGUGUAGGUGGACUGGGCGGCGUAGGUGGACUCGGCGGUGUAGGUGGCAUAGGCGGAGUUGGUGGCUUGGGAGGAAUUGGCGGUGGAAGCGAUUGCGGUGGCGUUCUUCCUCACCCUUGAUGAUAUAAACGUUUAUCGAGUGGUUUAUAUUUGUUCAGUUUAUCAUGUUGUUUUUCCCAAUUUUAUGUUUCAAGUCUAUUUUUCAUGCUGUUUGUUAUUAAUUUCUUGUGAGAAACCUUGUGCUAUCAAUAAAUAGAGUAUUUUUCGUGUGGAAAA